AUGGAAGGAAUCAAUGCUUCAAAGGUCAAUACCAAUUACUACAAGUUUGGCCACAUAACGGGGGUCAAAUAUGCCCUGUACCAAUUGAAUACAAAUAAUGAUCAGGCGCUAUUGGAGCUUGAGCUAGCCAUCAGAUACAAAUAUCCAUCAAUUUUAAUUACUUACUACAAUAAGGGUCUUUAUUACUUUCAAUUCGAACACAACUCCAAUUCCAUUGAUUUGUCCAAAGAGUAUCCCGAACUAGUCCUCAAGACAACCAAAUCAAUCUCUGUGGAAUUGCUUUGUGCAUCUCCGAAACCCAGUCAGAAUCAAACCCAGUCAACUCCUUCCAAUAACCAAUGCAAUGACUCGGCAAGCCUGGAAAAUGGGAUGGCUUCUGCACAACUGAUAUCUGAACACUCUCCAUACAUCAGUGUAAGUCUUUUAAAGUCCAUCAAAAAGUUGAUUCUAUAUAGGCUUUCACAAGAGGGCUCGGCAAGAAUAUUUGGUAAUUCUGCUGUCAUUAGUAUUGAUGAGGUGACCAACCAUGUGAUAUUCAUUGAACCAAUGAUUUCUACGAAUGGGGACUUGCUCCUUUGUGUGAUCCAAAAGUCUGCUUUACAACUUUAUGACUCUUCAGUACUUUCCAUUGAUGCACCAGAAGAUGAGCUCUCGCCCAACUUUAUCAUAUACCUUACUCCUUCUGGUAUAAGAUGUCAUUUGUUCGAUAACUUUAAGGUGCUUAACAGCUUCACAUACACUCCUCCAAAGAACCACGAGAAUGUGUUAAGCUUACUCAAGUUGGCCACAGGAAUAGACUUAUCCAUUGAACCAAACCUUUUAUGGGUCAAAUUGAUUCCUAAUUUACAGCACUUGAACAACCAGACAUCAAAAAUAGCCAAGUUCAUACACACAGUUGACAAUAAGAAAUAUAUCAUGUGGCCUUGGAAGCUUUGUUUGUUGCAAUUUGGUAGAUACGAACGUUCCAUUGAUUUCGAAUCUGAUUCGUUAGCCAAUGCUGAAUACUCUAAUCAGGAGAUCAAAUAUUCAGAUCCUCUUGGGUUAAUUUCUGAGUUCAUGGACUUCAGUAUAGCAACUAAGCAGCAGAUGCAACAGAAUCAUCAACAUUUACAAAACACAGGAACUAUUCACAAUAUCUCGACCUUUAAUGCACCUAGCGUAAUGUCAACCGGCAUGAGUUCUGCUGAACAUAAGAACGAUCUACAGAUGGAGAACAAUGAAAUCCAGAUGAUUCCUGAUCUUUUCGAAGGAAUUCCACAUCCAGUAGGUGUUGAUUUCUUUGAUGAAAAAAUGAUGGGCAAUAUCACAGAGCUAGAUGAUGACCGUGAUAUUGGAAUGGAAGAUACAAGCAUGAUCAGUGAAGACAAAAAUGGCCUUCCUGAUGAAGGAAAUGAUGAAAUGGAUGACUUAUUUGGAGGGUAUAGUGGUAGUGAGGAUACAGAUGGUAAAGACGAAACCAAGCAAGAAUCAGAUGAUAAUAAUUUGGGGUUGAUAGAAAAUGAGUCCAAAAAAGAUAACGUCGAAGACAUACUUAAAUCAAGUAUUGACGAUCUCCUGUUUUCUGGAGAAGAUGACCUUUUCAACGGUAGACUGUCGAAACUACUGUUUUCUAAUGAGUCUACAACAUUCGAUAUUCCCAAAGAUCAAAUGGCUAUUUCCUUAAAAGAUAGUACUCCAUACGAUGACCCAGGUGCUCCACUCCCUAUAAUGCCCACCCCAAUGAUACCCCCACCUUUCGAUAAAUCUAAGGUGAAUCCGGUCAGUGCUGGUAUUGAUUCGGAUGUAGCCAUCAGUCAAUCAGCCUUCUCACCUAUAUUGUUCAAUCCAUUGAUUAAGAGUAAUGUGGACGAUAAGUACGGCAAAGGUGGAAAGUUCUACUACAAUCAGAAUUCGGAAACCCCAAUCAAAAAGCUUAGAGCGACGAGUGUCAUCGGAUUAGACCUCCGAAGCAGCGGAACAUUCGAGUCACCAGACAGAAAGGGCUUAGGAAUCGAAUACCUCCCCGAGAGCAAAGUCUUCUUCGAUAGCGAAGAAGAUGAAAAGAUACAGGAAGGUGAAGAAGAUGUUCCCCAAGGUGGAACUAUUGCACAUUCAAGAAGAGGAGAAGUUGAAGGUAAUGAUGACGAGGAAGAAAGUGUAGACGGAGGACCAGGUGAGGGUGAUGAUGAUGACAUCGAUGACGAUGACGAUGACGAUGACGAGGAAGAAGAGAGUGACGAAGAUGCCGAUAUCAACCUUGGAAAGGAUUCACCUUUGAGAUUAAAUAUGCAAUCAGAGCCUUUACAAUUUCAAAAUCCAACUGGGGUACCUUCUGUGAGAGAACCACCAGGAACAGUUAAAACUCUGCAUUUGCUUAACACAAAUACUUUUAAUUCAGGAGGGUUUUCUUCUCCUUUAUCGACCACUUUGUUCACCCAAUCAACCAAGCUAAAUGCUCUCCCGAAGUUUGAUUCUCCAUUUGCAAUACAUGAUUCACCUUUGGAUGAGAAGAACAAGUAUAACUCACCUUUGACUAUGGAUAAUGAUGAGUUUAAAAGACAGACCCCAAUAUCAAUGCCCUCUACAAGUGUUCCGACUAUGAAUCCAACGGCGGAUGGAUCUUCCAGUAACGAGUCUACCGCUAAUUCGAUAUCAGAAUCAUCUAAUUGUCUCCCAUUGAUUCUCAGGGGAGUUAAUAUUGCUACAAUUCCAGAUGAAUUCCUUCUCAACAACAUAAUGGGAGCCAUAAAGAUGUCAGCAACGGCAUCAGAUUUUAACAUGGAUGUUGAUCAAGAUGAAGAAGAUACAGAAGUAAGCAAGAAGAAUGAGAUGGUUAUAAAGGUGGACUAUCUCAAUGAGUUCUUGAACUGGUUAGGCCCAAAUUUAAUAUUUGAUCUUGGCUUGAAUAACAUCAGAAAGAAUUUGACAUCUAAUAUCCCUCAACCUUUCAAAGAUUACCAACCAAAGGAUAACUCAAGACUCAUUGAAUGUGAAUUAAUUCCAGAAAAAUUUGAGAAGGUUUUGAUGGACGCAUUCCCAUUUACAUAUAAGAUUAAGUUGGAAGAACUUCUCAGUGAUAUCCUGGAACUUAAGGACAAGGAAGAAUAUUCUAUGGACAAUCAAUUAAGCUUUUUGGAUGAUAUAACGAAUGAUGAAAUUUUAAAUCCUAAAUCCAAAUUGAGAAAGUUGGGGACGAUCGAAUGGGAUUCUAUUUAUCUAGAUAACCCAAGGAAUGAUGAAGGGUUCAAGGAAUAUGCUCAAGUGAUGAAGGAAAUCAGUGAAAUGUCAUUGUUGGACGUUAGUGAGUCCAUCAAGACUUUAAAUGAGAAUAAGAUCAGGGUACUCAAAAAUAAAUCGGACAUCAUCAAUUUGAAUUCCAUAUCCAUAAGGUUUUGGAAAUAUUUGAAUUUUGAUCCAAUAUUUGGACCCAAGAAUUUCCAAAUUUUGAUGAUCUCUGAAACAUUGAAUGAUAAUCUGAAUAAUACUUACAAUCAAGAUUUUAUCGAUUCGUUGAUUUACAACUAUAACGAUUGCAACUUUGGUAAUAUAUCUAAGGUUUCACUUCAGACCAUAGAGGCAAGACCAGACCUUGAAAGUAUCAAUAACGGGCUACUUUCAAUCAACAAAAAUGAUGAUAAUUAUAAUCACAUUUACAGACAGAUGAACAAGAAGCUAAACUCUCUUGCUGAAUUGAUUCAACUUGAUCUUAUAAACAAGACCAACCGGUUUGAGUUCGACAGACCGUUACUAUUGAUGUUCAUAAACUUCAACAAGAACUUUAAUUCCUUGGUAGAGAUAUCUAAGAUCUGUCGGAACUUCAAAACAUUUUUGAAGAGACACCAGUUACCAUUAGUUCAAGUUUUCAGUAAGAUUAUCCCAAGCGAACACAUUAUUAGAGAAAUAAAUGGACAGAGAGUCUUGAAACACACAUCCAAUUACAUGUUGACAAAGUUAGCAAUGAAUUUGUACAACCAGUGUCCUAAUCCAAUCAAAACCAUAGGACCUAACAAUAUUGUCGACACUAGUUUGAAUUUAUUUACAAACAUUGUUAAGGAACCAGUUUCAAAGCUCAAUUUUAAGUUCUUCAAUAAUAAUGCUUCAAACAAGGAUACAAGUUCAGAUGAUGAUGCAUUUUUGCAUUUAGCAUACGAGAGAUCCAUCGACAAAAACUGGGUUUCUGCUGCCUGGUCUGAUCCAUUGGGUAUAGUUACAUACACCAAAUCAUGGUGCAAUUCUGCCAGCUUAUUGAAGUCAACCAAUAGCCAAGCAACCAGCAAUUCGAAUGGGCAUGGUGAUGUUGGGAUCAAUAGAAAUGUCCAUGACUUGUAUUCCAUUAGUGAUCAAAUAUUGGAGAUUUCCAACGAUUUAUUCAAGAAAUUGAAUGAUGAAAUAAUAAAGAGAACAAGUGGUUUAGGAGGACGGAAAUUCUUGGUCUUGACAAGAGUUAAUAGCAUUAUUCCUGAUGAUGAAUUAGUUCAUUGGAAAAGAUUGAGCGUCAAAUACAAGGAUAUUUCGUUGAUAGUGUUGUCAGUUAAUGGCACACCUAAGGCCUCGUUAACUGAGACUACCAUCACAUCGGAUGGGAUCAAGAAUGGUGCCUCAAAUCUAGAUCAAUCAGCAAACAAUGAUUUAGUGAGUAUUGACAUUGAAGAUGGUACUAGAGAUUUGAUUACCGAAGAAGGGAUGUCGAGACAGGGGAUUAAAAUGGACCCACAGGAGCUGGCCAACGACUUUUUCAAGAACUUCAACAAUAUGUCGAGUUCCAAUAAUCCUUCUCCCAACAACUCGAAUCUCAUGAUAUCUCCCUCCAAUAACUUCAGUUUUGGACUUAACAAUGCCUCCAAUUUCCUUUCCCCUGAUGUACAAGGUGUGUUAGGUGGGCAAACUCAAAAUGGAGACAGUUCGAAGAUUGACCAGAUAUAUAAUGGUAGUUUUGAUCUCAAGGAUGUCACCUUACAGGAUCCUUCGGAUUCAAUAGUUGGCAUUGUUCCUAUGACUUCAGUGCCAUCAUUGAAUACCCCCACAAGGCCAGCAAUGGGAGUGGGAUAUUUGUUGAAAAAGGUUGAUCCAUUAAAACCUGAUUACCUUAUAUUUGACAUAAAUCUUUUGAGCUGUUCAAACUAUUGGAACUUGAAGUCUUUAAUGAAAAUUAUCUUGAAUCAUUAUAAGAAAUUGAUCACUUUGAACGAUAUCUUGUGUACAAGAAGUAUUUUAGGUGCAUUUGGAGACGAAGUGGAAAGAGAAAACUACAUUAGUUCUGGUAUUGUACCAUGGCAUAUUACCGCAGUCAGAAAGUCACUCAAUUAUUUGAUUCAUAUUGACGUCGAGGAAUAA